GAUAAGAAGAGGAAGACCAAGAAGAAGCGGCAGCUAACCAAAUCAAGAUACUUCACCAAAGAUGGAGCACGCCAAGGAGAAGAUGAAGGACGGCGCGAGCGCGGCCAAGGCGAAGGCGUCCAUCACGCAGGCCAAGGUGGCUGAGAAGGCCGAGGCGGCGACGGCGAGGUCGCACGACGAGCGGGAGCUGGCGCACGAGCGCGGCGCCGCCAAGGUCGCCGCCGCCGAGGCGCAGCUGCACCAGGACAAGGCCGCGCACCGCGAGGAUGCCAUGUCGCACCACAUCCACAAGCACGGCGGCCACAAGCACGGCCACAGCCACUGAUACGAUGCGCGGGCUGACGGGCGGCGCCGUCGGUGACCAUUGAUACACACGCGGCGCUUGCCUGCACGUGCGAACGUCGUGUGUGAUCUGGCUUGCCUGCCAUGCAUCCAUGAGGAUGUGAUUUUCCCUGUUCUUUUCACUGCCGUACGUGCUGCGUGCGCGUGGCGUUCGUGUUUGUGUUGUGUCGAUUUCGCACGUAAGUACGUCUGGCUUAAUUAUCUCGGAGAUUAUAAGACACAAGAGCUAGCUGCUUGCACGGAUGCAUGUGUGUGUUCCUUUCCUCUAUUUAUGUGUGUAUCCAAUUCCAAACCCCCUCAAUUCAGAGGGACAUAAUUCUGAAAAUCUGAAAUAAAGGACUUUUGUUCUUGAUA